GGAGGCCGGGCGACUGAGAGAUGGCGAUCUAGAGGCUCUGAAGCGGGAGGCCUGAUUAAGCUGGGCUCGAGUGGGGGCCUGGAGCAGCGGCUAUGUCUGGGACACGUCCAAGCGGUUGCGCCUCCAAGGGGAAUGGCGCGUAACGGGGCGGAUUUCAGGGGCUGGAAGGAUCGACAGGCCGACACCAGAGAACUAGAGAGGCCCACCUCCCACUCCUUUCUUCCAAGCUGUGCCAAAGGGAGGAUGAGCCUGACGGGCAGGAUUCAAACGAGCUGGACAGCGCUGUGAAGGAGCGGCAGGCGGCCCCCAGAGCCUUGACAUGGCACCAAAAGCCAAGAAGGGAUUGAAAGGUUCCAUCGAUGAUGUCCUUGGUGACCUCCUGGGAGAUGAGACGACACCGCCUGAGAAGCCUGUUAAACUAGCUUCACGUGCCAGAGAUGCCACAGGUGCAGCUCAGGCACUCGCUCCCUCAAGGGCUAGAACAAAGUCCCUCUUGGAAGAUGAUGCCUUCAGCACCAGGGCAGGCCUGGCAGGAGCUGAUGCUGAGGUUUCAGACAUCUCCGAUGCAGACCCGCAGGCUCUGCUCCAGGCCAUGAAGGAUCUGGAUGAAAUGGAUGCUGAUCUCUUGGGUCUGAAGAAGUCUAACCUAGCCUCAAGCAAAAGGUCUGCAAAGGGUUCUGGGAAAGAAGAGCAGCCUAGUCCUCUUAAACCUGCUGGUGUGUUACCAGCCAAUGAGAAACGAGAUGCCAUUCCCACCAAGAAGCUACCUCCCUCUCCCACCAGCCUUGGGCAUCAGUACAGGAAGUUCUCCUUCGAAGACCUGGAAGACCCGUUAGCAGGACUUCUCUCUGAUGAUGAGGAAGGAAUCGCCAAGAAGCUGCCGGGGACGGAGAGUGAAACAGCUUCCGUAAAGAGCCCAGCCCCGGCCAGAGAUCGAGGGCCCUCUCUCCCUCUAACUCCUGGGAACACUCCAGUCCGAAAGAAAGAAGAGUUGCUCUUUGACGAUGGGGACGACAUCAUGGCCACCCUGGGGUUUGGAGACAGCCCCAAAGCAGAGAGGAGGCACACGGGAGACCAGGAAGGGCCCCUCCCUGCCCGCUCCAAGCUGGAAGAGCUGCUGGGUCGGGGCACUGCCGCCAAACUCCUGGCCCGUCCGGGCACCGGGGAGCACAGGGAAUUCAAGCUGGACAAGAAGUAUCAGCGGCCACAGGACAAAGAAAACACCGGCGGUGACGAGGACUUCACCUUUGGGGCCUAUCAACCCACCGUGGGCUCCUCCGACGGCCGGCAGUCCCGCCGGCAGUCCGUCAGUAGGUUCUUUGAAGGUGGCACAGACCCCAAGGGAGAACCAGGCUCCAGACAGAGCACCCCAGCAGCAUCCAGCCCCACGCAGCCCAGGAGGGGAGGUGCCGACUGGCUGGGCCUCAAGGACGAAGGCUUGGAUCUGCUCCCUUCCUCCCCGACCAGGGAGGCUCCGAGGCGACCCCCUCCCGCCAGCCAGCACUCUGCCCCGGUCGGGCUGCCCUCCCCGGGGGCAAAGCCACCAACCGAGGGUACCGGUUCUCCUGCCAAAGGCGGCCAGCCUUGCCAGCCAGGAGCGUCUGAGAAGAAGGCGGAGGAGGACUGGCUGAGCCAUGCCCUGUCUCGGAAGAAGCCCCAAGGUCUGGCCAGAGAGCAGCACGACGCAGCCUGUAAGGGCCAGCCCUCGGUAGGGGCGCUGCCUUCCGACCGCCAGCCUGCUGCGGGCACCCAAGGGCUCGAGCCAGCAGCCGCCGGGGGGACCCCAGGCACGGCAGCACAGAGGCCGCCUGCCCGGCCUGCCGCCUCAGGGUCCCCCGUGACUUGGAACCCCGCUGCCUUGCCCCUCCACGCGGGUGACCCAAAGAGGGGAGCAGCCCCUGGAGAUUGCUCCGGCACUGAGCCUGCAAUUGGUUUCCCAAGCUCCCAGGAACCCCCAGGGCUCUCUGUGCCUGUCCAGCCCCUGCUCCCAGAGUCCCUGGCCUGGAGCCUGCUGCCCGGCUCCGAAUACCAGCAGCAGCUCCUGGCGGCACAGGCUCAGCUUCAGAGGGGCACUGCCGAGCUCCAGGCCGACCACCUGCAGAGUCAGGCCCGGCUGGCGGAGCUCGAGGCCCAGGUGCGGAAACUCGAGCUGGAGCGGACACAGCACCAGCUGCUGCUGGAAAGUUUGCAGCAGAGGCACCAGGCAGACCUGGAGCUCAUCGACAGCGCCCACAGGAGCCGAGUCAAGGUGCUAGAAACAUCGUACCAGCAACGGGAAGAGCGGCUGCGGAGAGAGAACGAGGAGCUGUCUGCCCAGUAUCUGUCGCGCUGCCAGGAGGCUGAGCAGGCCCGCGCCGAGCUCACAGCCCAGCACCAGCGGCGCUUGGCGGCCACCGCGCAGGAGAAGGACCAGGAGGUGGAGCGGCUCCGGGAGCUGCAGCGGGCCUCCAUCCUGGAGAUGCGCAAGGACCACGAGGAGCAGCUGCAGCGGCUGAAGCUGCUGAAGGACCGGGAGAUCGACGCCGUCACCAGCGCCACCUCCCAUACGCGGUCCCUGAAUGGCAUCAUCGAGCAGAUGGAGAAGUUCUCCAGCAGCCUGCACGAGCUGUCCUCCCGCGUGGAGGCCUCGCACCUCAGCACUGCCCAGGAGCGGGAGCUGGGGAUCCGGCAGCGAGACGAGCAGCUCCGAGCGCUGCAGGAGAGGCUGAGCCGGCAGCAGCGGGACAUGGAGGAGGAGCGGAGCCGGCUCCAGGAGGUCAUCGGGAAGAUGGAGGCGCGCCUGAGCGAGCAGAGCCGGCUGCUGGAGCAGGAACGCUGGCGGGUGAGCGCCGAGCAGUCCAAGGCCGAGUCCGCGCAGCGCGCUCUGGAGGAGCAGAGGAAGGUCGUGGCCCAGCAGAUGGCCAUGGAGCGGGAGGAGCUGGAGAGGGCCAAGAGCGCCCUGCUGGAGGAGCAGAAGUCCGUCAUGCGCAAGUGUGGGGAGGAGCGGCGGCGCCUGGCGGCCGAGUGGGCCGAGUUCUGUGCACAGCAGAAGCUGAGUAAGGAGCGGGCCGAGCGUGAGGUGGAGCGGGCGCUGCAGGUGGACACCCAGCGGGAGGGCACCCUCGUCAGCCUGGCCAAGGUACUUUAUACGCAUUUGCUCAUUUACUCCUCAUCACGUUCCCAUGACUUAGAUAUUCUAGAAAUCGGAUUCCGAGAAGUUGAGCGCAGGGGCCCGAGGGGCUGCAGCGGGGCUUGGCCCCAGGUCUCCCACCACCUCCUCCCAGAGUCAGGGCGGAGCCGAGCCACAGCAAUGCGGCAGGGCGGCCAGCGGGUCCUCGGAACCCUGAGCAGAGCCCAGUUCAACUCCGGGGAGGAGACUGCAGAGAGGCUUUGCUGUCUCCAGGAACAGGCAGAGCUGAAGAUCAGGGCAAGCGAGCUCCGGGCCAAAGAGGACCAGCUGGCGGCCGAGAGGGAGGCUCUGGAACAGGAGCGCCAGGAGCUGUGGCUGGAGAAGGAGAGGGUCAGCGCCGCCGCCCAGCGCAUCAGGCUGCGCGCUGAGGAGGUGGAGAGCAUGAGCCAGGUGGCCUCGCAGAAGUACGAGGAGGGGGAGCGGGCACUGCGCGAGGCCCGGCAGGUGCAGUCAGAGCAGCAGGCCCGGCUGCAGCUGGUGCAGCAGCAGCAGGAGCGGCUGCGGCAGCGGGAGCGGCACGUGCACCAGGAGCAUCUGAGUCUGGCCCAGCAGCGGCUGCAGCUGGAUCGUAUCCGACAGGACCUGCCCUCCGGGCCCGUGGGGCUGCUCUCCAGGGCCCAGGGCCCGGCAGCCUCUGGCCUGAGUGCCAUCGUGGCUCCUGCCCCCCCGGCUCCUCAGUGCAGCCAGCUGCCAGCCGGCCCGGGCCCCUCGCACCUCCACGCCAAGCUGGUGCUGCUGAAACACACAGCUGAGCAGGACCGUGACUUCCUGGAGAACGAACAGUUCUUCCUGGAGGCCCUGAAGAAAGCCUCCUACAACAUGACGUCGCAUUCAGCCUGAAGGCCCCACUGCC